AAACAUGGGGAGAUCAACGCUCAGCAGCUCCCACAGCAUCACCUUCCGCCGCGUCGGGAAGGGGCUGGGAGGGGGCGCUCCGCUCCGCCUUUUGUCGCUCGGCCUCGGCAAAAGCUGGAAAACCUCUUCAGAGCCGCACAGAGAGCCGAGCGUUCAAUCCGAGGACAAGCCAAAAGGGAAGUUCCAUCACCAUGACAAGGACCACCGGUAGACACUUGUUGUGCUUGCUGGUGCUUUUCUUCCCGCUCUCAUGGGCAGAGGACGCGAAGAAGGACGUGAGGAGGACCGAGAAUGUUACAGUUUGGGGACAAGCAAAGACUAGGCGACUAUUUGCAAGGCAAAAGAUUUCUCCAGCACAGCAUACACACAUCAUUAGACACAAGUCCCACACCAUGCCGCCAGUACGACGCUGCGGCCGCCUGAUGGAAAGCUGUUCCUCCCACAUGCCUUGCUGCGACCCCUGCGCCUCCUGUCGCUGCCGACUCUUUAACACCAUCUGUCACUGCUGGAGAAUAAAUCACCUGUGCUUGAAGAGGACCUAGUGGGAGUGCACACAGAGGCAUGUGUAAUUCACAACUGAUCCCCUGGUACACAUCAUCACCUAUGGGGGAGCUUAUUUUUCUGCUUAAAUGUGACCUGAAACAUCAUCAAAUGGCAAAGUGCUGUAGCUGUCAAGAAAAUAGUGAAGUUGUCCAAAGAAAGGGAAUGUUUCUGACAGACAGACAUUCCUGCUUAGGAAAUCUUACAUAAAAAUGCAAAGUUGCUAACUGUCAUUUUUUGCAGCAUUAAUAGCCACAUAAAUAUGCAACACUUAGAUCUGCUAUGUCUCACCAAAAAGUGUACAGUAAGUACUCUGUAAGUAGCUAUUCUUGCCAUUUCUCGCUAAAAAACCUACAGAAUGGAAGGAAUUUAUGACACAAUCAUUAACAACUAUCAUGCUGCAGUUAGAUUACAGCAGAGUUUCUAUCUACGGUGUGUUGUCCUACAAACAUGGGCAAGUUAAAUGCAUGACUGCUAAACUGAGAUCGCCUUAAAAAUGGGUGGAUUUAAUGUGAGCUUUCAUAUCAGAGGGUGUAGCACGAUGGAAGGGAAUCAAACAUCCAAAUAGUAUGGGGGGAUAGGACAAAGGUUGGUCUAUGUCCUUUUUCAUGUUUCUAGACAAUAACAUGUUAACUAAGUCUGAUUUUAAGGUAUUGCUGCUUUUGAGUAUUUGUAUAUUCUCUGCUCUCCUGUCACUCAUCUGGAGAUCCCAUCAUUUACUGUACAACUUCAGGAUUCUUUUUUGAAGACUCACAGCAGAAGUGAUGUGGAAAAAUGAUUUUCAUGUACAUUAUUAUUCUUAAUUGCUUGCACUUGAUUAUUCGUGUGUGGUUUUAUGAGUUGAAAUGACUAUAUUUUUGCUAUCUAAUAAAUAUGCUGUUCGCA